UGUGUGUACAACAUGCCUGCAGCCUGGAGGCAGCAGCGGACACACUGAGCGUCUGACUUCCCGGAAACCAACACACGAGGCGAGCAACAACAUUUUCCACCGGCUCCGUCUCUUUGUCCAUCACCUCCCCGCUGAAGCAACAUCCACAGCGAAACCAUGGCGAGUGUAGUCGAUACUAAACUCUACGACAUUCUGGGAGUGUCCCCGUCCUCGUCUGAGAACGAACUGAAGAAGGCAUACAGGAAACUGGCCAAAGAAUACCACCCCGACAAGAACCCAAAUGCUGGAGACAAGUUUAAAGAAAUCAGUUUCGCCUAUGAGGUGUUGACCAACCCUGAAAAGAAGGAACUUUAUGACCGCUAUGGAGAGCAAGGCUUGCGGGAAGGAGGCGGGGGUGGCCCAGGGAUGGACGACAUCUUCUCCCACAUCUUUGGUGGUGGACUCUUUGGCUUCAUGGGUCAGGGGAAUCGCUCUAGGAAUGGAGGCCGGAGAAGAGGAGAGGACAUGGUCCAUCCACUCAAGGUGACACUGGAGGACGUUUACAAUGGGAAAACAACUAAACUACAGCUUAGCAAGAAUGUUCUGUGUAGCACCUGUAAUGGGCAGGGAGGAAAGACAGGUGCUGUACAAAAAUGUACAACAUGUAGGGGGCGUGGCAUGCGCAUCAUGAUUAGACAGCUGGCCCCAGGGAUGGUCCAACAGAUGCAGUCUGUUUGCACUGACUGUAAUGGCGAAGGUGAAGUUAUCAGUGAGAAGGACCGCUGUAAAAAAUGCGAGGGCAAGAAAGUUGUGAAGGAGGUGAAGAUUCUAGAGGUACACGUGGACAAAGGCAUGAAGCACAGCCAGAAGAUAACAUUCGGAGGGGAAGCUGACCAGGCUCCUGGCGUCGAGCCCGGGGACAUUGUCCUUGUCCUGCAGGAAAAAGAGCAUGAGACAUUCAGGCGAGAUGGCAAUGACCUGUUCAUGAACCAUAAGAUCGGCCUGGUGGAGGCGCUGUGCGGUUUCCAGUUUAUGUUGAAGCACUUAGACGGCAGACAGAUCGUUGUAAAGUAUCCUGCUGGCAAAGUCAUUGAACCUGCCUCCGUCAGGGUGGUGCGAGGAGAGGGUAUGCCACAGUACCGAAACCCCUUUGAGAAGGGAGACCUGUAUGUCAAGUUUGAUGUCCAGUUCCCUGACAACAACUGGAUCAGCCCUGAAAAACUUGUGGAGUUGGAAGAUAUGUUGCCCUCACGGUCCGAGCCCCCCAUCAUCACCGGAGACGCUGAGGAGGUCGACCUGCAGGAUUACGACGUCAGCCAGAGCUCGUCAUCAGGCAACCGCAGAGAGGCCUACAAUGACAGCUCGGACGAAGAGGGCGGACACCACGGGCCGGGGGUACAGUGUGCCCACCAGUAAUCUCACACCCUCCCCCCUCUCUCAUAUACACACAGACACACACACACAGACACACACACACACACACACACACACACACACACACACGUAUGACCCACAUUGUACUAUGGGAGAAAAUGAAAGAGUUGCAAAGUAAACAAGGAGGUAGGUCAGACUGAGAAGGCUCGACUGAUCCUCAGGCACAGAUCAGACAUUACAUUGAAACCCGGCACCUGGAAUUAUUGAUUGUUAUUGUUGUUGACUGUGUGUUUGGAUUUAUUUGAUCUGUGUGUGAGGAACUCACUGGGGCAACCACAGACUCAUUAUACUGCACCUGAAAACGAGACGUAGAGACUUUCAACUUGAAAUUCAGAUAAUAAACUUAAGAUGUAUCAAAACAAGUGGUUGCCCCAGUGAAAACCGUGCCCUGUGUGUGAAAGUGAUCUGGUGUUAGAGGUAACCCCCAACCCCUCCACCUUUCGAUUCCUUUUUCUCCCCCAUUGAAUCCAUUCCUCUGUGCACAUGCAGACUCCAGAUCAGUCAAAGAAAGGAAUGUUUCUUGUUUGCUGAGUGUGUGACUUGCAUUUUGUUUUCAUAGUAUUUACAAUAAUUAAUUUAAGAACUAACUAAUGUGCAUACACACACAAAGCAGCUGAGCAAAUGUGACUUGCAGAUCCUCGGACUCUUGUAUUCAUGGACUUCACUCGGCGCCAUUCGUAGGAUUUGUUUCUGAUUUUUACAGCUUUAUAUUCUUUAUAGGUUUUUAGUUUUUUUUUCUUCCAUUAUAUUUUAAUUCAAACAAAGGAUUGGUUGUUGUGUAUACCCUUGAACUGGUUGUUGGUAAGCUUCUUCAGCUGCUGUGCUCAAAGUUGUGUGAUUUUUAAAAAAA